UGCGACGACGACUUAAAGAGAGAUACCUAGUCAACCAUUUCCAUGAUGUUUGCGUUUGAAGCGUCGGAUUCAUUCAUCAGCUAUUUUAAUAUAAAAACCCACUCAGAAGCCUGUUUCCACCACUAGUAGCACCCCUUCACAUACCGCGACAAAACCGUUAACAUGUCGGGCAGCCCCGAAGCCCAAAACGCAGACAAAGGCAAACAGGCCGGGGGUGACCUCAUCUCAGUCACCGUCACCCUGGGCACCCAAACCAAAACUUUCACGUUCCCGGCCGACGAUAGUACAGUCGACGACCUAUCAGACGCGUGCGAGGAGGCCUUUGAGGACGCCUCGGGCGCCAGAAAGUACAACUGGUCGACGCACAAGUUCAUCGCCCCGCAGCCUGUCGGGCUCCUCAGGGGGGCCGAGCAGGGCGCCACCCUACUCUCCCAGUCGCUGGCCGGCAAGAAGGUGCGCCUGAUGGCCAGCCGCCUCGCCGACGUCGACGCCCUCCGCGCGGCCGAGGCCUCGGCCCGGGACAGGGACGCCAGGAGGGCCAGCGCCGCCCAGGCCGCCCGGCGGCGACGGCACCAGACGUCAUCUCUAGCCAGCCGACCCAAGUCGACACAGCAGUCGGCCGGCGGCGGCGGCGGCGGCGGCGGCGGUGGCAGCUCCACCUACACCUUCCUCAGCCUGCGCCCGCUCCCCCACCUGCCGCGGCCAGAGGCCAGCCUCCGCUUCCUGGAGCGGCUGCGCGACGACCCGGGCGUGCGCGCCGUCAUGGAGAAGCGCCGCUUCACCGUCGGGCUCCUGACCGAGAUGGACCCGGCCGCGCACACGGACGUGUCGCACGACGGCGGCGUCGGCCGCACCCUCGGCCUGAACCGCAACCGCGGCGAGGUCAUCGAGCUGCGCCUCCGCACCGACGCCGGCGACGGCUACCGCGACUACCGCACCAUCCGCAACACCCUCUGCCACGAGCUCGCCCACAAUGUGCACGGGCCCCACGACAGGGACUUUUGGGACCUGUGCCACGCCAUCGAGCGCGAGGUCGCCGCCGCCGCGGACUGGAGGGGCGGCGCCGGCCGCACCGUCGGCGACGGGCCGGGGUUUGACGACGAGGAGGAUUAUGCUCACGACCACGGCGGCUGGACAGGUGGCGAGUACGUCCUCGGCGGCGGCGGCGGCGGCGGUGGCGGCGGCCCCGCGGCGCAGGAUCUGACCCGGCGGGAGAUACUGGCCAACGCGGCCGAGGAGCGCCACAAGCGCAUCGCGCGGGAAAGGAGAGAGGCUAAAGGAGCAGGUGAGACCCCGGAGGCGGGAGAGGGGGUAGAACCACAAGAGACCGGGAAGAGGAGAGAAGGCGAAGGAGAGGAGAAGCGGCGGCAGAGCUGAGGUCAGUAUGUGUAUCAUGUCGUAUUAUGGGCGAAGAAGCAAGCAUCGCGAUAGCCGCAUCUUGGGCGACGGACCGGCCAUGUACAAAUACAUGCACCCUAUUCUACGCCGGGGUCGAGAUAUUGUAUGCCUUGUCUCCCUUUAUUCAUGUUUUAGCGACGCGCCGUGCUGAGCAUGGCGCACACCCUCCCGCCUAUAUCCCAAGACGCCCUUGCUUAAGUGGAGAUUAUAUAAGAACAUUUCUUAUACUGCCA